CAUUGAAAGUAUUACAGUGAAGACGACGGCAAAAAUCAAAACAAAAAACAAUGGGAGCUUACCUUUCACAGCCUAAAACGGACAAAUUCUCCACAGAUGAAUUAAAUGAAUUUUUAAUUGUGGGUGCCAGUUCAAUGCAAGGAUGGCGCAAUAGUCAAGAGGAUGCUCACAAUGCCAUUUUGGAUUUUGAUAAGAAUACAGCAUUUUUUGCUGUAUAUGACGGCCAUGGCGGUGCUGAGGUCUCAACAUACUGUGCCGAUAAAUUACCAACAUUUCUGAAAGAAUUGGAAGCCUAUAAAAAUGGUAAUUUUGAACAGGCCCUAAAAGAUGCCUUCUUGGGUUUCGAUCAAACCCUGUUGGAGCCAGCCGUCAUUGAAAUUCUUAAAGUGCUAGCCAGUGAGAAGAAUAAUACCGAUGGUGAUGAUAGCGAUGCUUUGGAUGAUGAUGAAGAUGAAAAUCUGGUGGACUUAGUUGAAGAUGGUAAUUUACCAUUAAAUCAAGUAAUGGAAAAAUAUACGGGUCAUCCCGUAUUUACGAAAAAUGGAGUUCCAUUUAAUGUCGAUGGAAAUAUGGGCAGUAAUGAUUCGAAAUUGCAAUCACCAUAUUUACGGGGUAGGAGAGCUGCAGCCAUUAUUGCUGAUGCUACAAAUAAAGCUGUAUUGGAUCCAGAGUCAAAGCCAGAGGGAUCAUCAACAUCCAAGGCGGCAUUAGAAGCUUUGCGAGGUGAAGGACCCAGUACUUCAAAAGCAGCAUUAUCGACUGUCGACAAAAUUAAAUCUGAGGGAGAUGCAACUGUUAGCAGCAGCAGCACUGCCGCUACCGCAGGUCCUUCAUCAACAAAAUCAUCGAAUGGAAAUGCUACAGAAUUGCCCGAUUCAUCUGCUGUCAAGGAAACUGAACAAAAUGGCAGUGUCUCCUCUACGGAAACAAAAUCAACUGCAGUCAAGGCAGUGAAUGAAGUUGUUUCGGGCUCUUCGGAUAGCACUAGUAGCAGCAGCAAUACUACCACUAAACAAAAUGGUAAUGUGGAAUCAUCUUCGAAUGCAGUGUCAUCGCCCAGCAAAAAAGAAGCAAACAAUGCAUCAUCGGAUAUAAGCUCAACUAGCAAAGAGCAAAAGGAAAAGAAAAAUUCAACAUUCUCAGAUAAUUCCGAUGAGGAGGACGAGGAGGAGUUAGAUGCCAAUGAAAGCAAUGCCCGUCAAACUUUGGAAUACUCGUCGGAAGAAGAUUUGGGUGAAGAAGAUACCACAGAGGAUGAAGAUGCCGAUUACGAUGAUGACGAUGAGGUCGAUGAUGAAGAUGAGGAUGCUGACGAUGACAUGGACGAAGAAUCCCAUUUGGCCAAUGAACAAUUCUGUGACAAUAUGAUUGAAGAACCGGGCAAAGACAGUGGUUGUACUGCUGUGGUUGGUUUAUUGCAUGGUCGCGAUUUAUACGUGGCCAAUGCUGGUGAUUCCCGUUGUGUUGUCUGUCGCAAUGGCAAAGCCAUCGAAAUGAGUUUGGAUCACAAACCCGAAGACGACGAAGAAUCGGCACGUAUUGUAAAGGCUGGUGGCAGAGUUACUUUGGAUGGCCGUGUUAAUGGUGGCCUUAACUUGUCCCGAGCAUUGGGUGAUCAUGCCUAUAAAAUGAAUGCCGAUUUGCCCGCCGAGGAACAAAUGAUUUCUGCAUUACCCGAUAUAAAGAAAUUAAUUAUAUCACCGGAAGAUGAAUUCAUGGUUCUGGCCUGUGAUGGCAUAUGGAAUUUUAUGACCAGCGAGGAGGUUGUCAAUUUUGUACGUCUUCGCCUUGGCGAUGAAAACAAGAAAAUGUCGGAAAUUUGCGAAGAACUAUUUGAUGCUUGUUUGGCACCAGACACCAUGGGCGAUGGUACCGGUUGCGAUAAUAUGACCGCCGUCAUUGUACGCUUUAAACCGAAAAUUUUGGAUUUACCCACGAAAAUUGAUCCCAAAGAAACCGAAGAUGUUCUGCUAUUGGAACGGCAAAAUGAGGUCGAAUCUUCCACAUCGCCGGAACAAAAGGCGCAAAAACGUUCUGCAUCACCCACCACAGAUGAUUCCAAUGAAGCUGAGAAUAAAACCAAACGUUUGAAGACUGAUAACAAUAAAGAAGAUGGCAAUGUUACACAAACAUCCUCUAGCAUAACAACUACUACUACCACAUCGUCGUCAAGUAAUGCUGCCGAUACACCGGAUGAGGGUAGCGGCGACGCCACAAAUAACAAUGAAGUUGCAUCUUCAUCGAAUGUGGUAUCCUCAACGUAA